UUGUGCAGUCUCGGCAGCAGCGGUGACCCACAGUGAUUCGGCCGCUGCGCCGGGGGGUGGGGGGGCUGCGCGGGACUCUUUUCUUUCAGACUGACCGCGGGGCAGCUGGGGAGCAUGUCGACCCCGGCCCGGAGGAGGCUCAUGCGGGAUUUCAAGCGAUUGCAAGAGGACCCACCUGUGGGUGUCAGUGGUGCACCAUCUGAAAACAACAUCAUGCAGUGGAAUGCAGUUAUAUUUGGACCAGAAGGGACACCCUUUGAAGAUGGUACUUUUAAACUAGUAAUAGAAUUUUCUGAAGAAUAUCCAAAUAAACCACCAACUGUUAGGUUUUUAUCCAAAAUGUUUCAUCCAAAUGUGUAUGCUGAUGGCAGCAUAUGUUUAGAUAUCCUUCAGAAUCGAUGGAGUCCAACAUAUGAUGUAUCUUCUAUCUUAACAUCAAUUCAGUCUCUGCUGGAUGAACCAAAUCCAAAUAGUCCAGCUAAUAGCCAGGCAGCACAGCUUUAUCAGGAAAACAAACGAGAAUAUGAAAAAAGAGUUUCGGCCAUUGUUGAACAAAGCUGGAAUGAUUCAUAAUAGACAACUGGUCUGUUAAUCUUUUUCAUCAUUGUUGUGUAUAAUUUACCUCCCAGUAGAAAGGCUAACAAAUUUUAAGUGCCACAGGUUUUAAGGAUUCUGCAGAAAAAAAAGAAAAAAGUCCUUCAGUUUAGAACCUACAAAAGCUUGUGUAUCUUGAUUAAUGUACUUUUUAUUGCAUGGUGUGAACUAAGUUAUUGCUGCAUAAAUUUGUAAUAUAUCCUGUUUGUAUUUUUUUCCAAGUGUAUAAUGUUGGUGUGGAGUUUUCAUGACAGAAUAUACACAUUUUGUAAAUCUGUACUUUUUUCAAAUAUUGAAUGCCUUAUUUUGAAUUCUUUAGAUUUUUAAAUUGGAGAAAAGCACUUAAAAGUUUUUUAUAUAUGAAUAUUACAUGUAAAGCUGUUAAAAUACAUAACUUCAGUGCAAGAGACUUUGUCACUUAUUUCCUUAUCUGUGUAGGAGGGGUUAAUAAGUCUCUAGCUCUCCAUCAAUUGAUAGUUUCAUUUCCAAUUUCAAAAGAACAUAUUUCUAUUUUAUCAAGAAACUCUUCAAAUUUGAUUCUAAAUACCAAUUAUAAUCUCCAACUUUAUUUCGAAUGUACCUAUAUUAGUUCCAAUUGAGUAAUUUUAGACAUAACUGGUUUGAUUGUGUCCAACUCUGUAUUAGGCCACUUGUCACAGUUUCUUCAUGCAUAUGUUAAACUGUAAACCUUUUGUGAUUUCACAAUUGGCACCUCUACCAUGAGCAGAGAACUGAUGGCAGCUUAUUCUGCUACUUGGUAGCACUUUAAAAGGUUUUUGACUAAUGAAGAAAGUAAAACCAUAAGCAUUUACCAAAAAUUCAUGCCCCAGUAUUAACAAUGAAUUGGUUGCACUGGUUUGAGCAAGGCAGAUAUUUGGAAGGAAUCUUGGUGUAAUUUAAAUAUUUGAAAACUACCUUUUAAUGCAAUUGCCUAUCUGUUUAUUCUGGGAAAUGUUUAACACCAGGGCCUGCUGAGUUGCUUUCUCUUGUGGAGACUUUUUUUUUCUUUAAAAUCUCCUCUAAGUUGUGUAAAAGUUGUACUGCAUCUUAGUUUACUGGAUAAAUUUAAAACACAGUAUUGUAGAAAGCUAAUACAAAGCUAUCCUAUGCCUUCAAAUAGUAUAGAAAAUGGAAAAUAUACAAGUAAAUUCUGUUGAACCACCUGUGUAGUCUCUCUAGUAGUUAAAACAGAUAUUUCAGUAACCCCAAAGUUUUUGUCAUGUCCAUACCAGCCUCCUAGAAAUAACCAACAACGUCUUCUCUAUUGGAAGAUUGGGUUACAGGAUGGCAGUAUCUGCAGCCUCUGUUCAUUAAGCAAAGUUUAACAUUGGAACGGAUAAGUGCUGAUGUUUCCCUUUAAAAGUUAUUGGCAAAUUUGGGGAUAAGUGUAUGGUCUUAGAGAACUUUGGUACAAAUGGGAAUUCACUCACUGGAAUCAUGGCCAAAAACAAGAUACUUUAUUUAAAGGUACUCUAUGGUCUUACUAAUUGUGUUGAUGCUUCUGUAGUUUAGCUGUAAAUCAAAUUAUAGACCUUUACUCCAGUGAUUCCCAGAUUAAAUAAGCAGAAGCAAUGAGUGUCUCCCCUCUUAUUUCAUUAAAUGUUAUUGAAUAUUGCUUCAAUACCCAUUUUUAUCCUUAACCUGUUUUUCUUUGCCCAGAUUAAAACUGGAACAUAUAAAGUACUUAUAGACAAUUUGUAAAGUUAUGUUAUACAGAAAGUGUUUACUUUUAAAGUCUGAGUAAAUUUUAUAAAUGUAUGGUAUCCAAGGAUCUAGAACUAUUUAGGUGCAAAAUGAUAUUGUUAGGGUACAGUUUCAAUGCAUUUGUAAUGUAAUUCCUUGGUAACAAUACUUCUAGCAGAGAACAAUCUGUGCAAGGCACUAUUUGAAGCACUUUAACAUAUUAUUUCAAACUCAAGGUAACUGGAUGGAGUGAGAAGUGUUAUAUUACAGAUGGGGAAACUAAGUAAGAGAGAUGACAUGACUUGUUCAAAGUCAACCAGCUAGUAAAUGAUAGAGCUGGGAUUUGAACGUAGUCUAAUUUUAUAACCAGUAAUUGUACUAUCUCUGAAGGGUAUUAAGGGAAUUGAGUUUACUUUUGGAUGUUCUACUGGACAUAAAUAUUCAUUCCAAUUUGUGGAAAUAUUUGGUUGGAGGUAUACCCAGACUUGUAUCUAUCCAAAGACAAGAUCUCCUUGACCACCAUUUUUCUUUUUUUUUUUUCCAAUGUAAAUAAGUAAAGUGCGGCCAUAGGAACACACUCUGGUCUCUGAUAUAAAGAACUGUGAUGUAUCAAUAAACCACAUUUCCCCCUU